CCUCAACGCUCAACCCACAGCUUCCUUCGCUGUCAGAGUGAGCCCUUCAAUUUACUUCCAUUCCUUCAGCUCCUCGUCACCAAUUCCAAACCUCUGAGCAUUCCUCACACGGCGUGCCGCAUCCCUACCUCCACCUCGCCGACCAAGGCCACUCGUUGACUCGCUGGAGGACCAAGGCGCAUAACAUAAACCGCGAUCACGUCCUGCGUAAUAUCCCGACGUGUACCGCGUUACAAGAUCUUGAUACAUUUUCGGGAUCAGCCUGAUCCCCUCCGAUUCAAAACCUCUCAAAAGAACCAAACCCUCAGUUGCAUGGGAAUCCGAAAAAAACAAACAAAACAGACUCCCUAAAAUCACUUGAGCUUCUUCGCGCUCAACCUCAGCAGCCCAUUGCCCACCAUGGAGAACCCACCACCCAGAGACACCGACCAGCAGUUCUCAGAGACCCAGACCACGACUUCCCAGCGCCCUGAAAGCAGUGGGAGGAUGUCCUCGAGCACUGGCGCACCUGCCGAGCUUGCGGCGGCGCCCAGCGGCAACGCGCCGGCUUCUGCGGCACCAGCACCAGCUGGCGGACUAUACACGGAGCAAGUGCAAAACGUGGUCAAUUCAGAGAUUGGAGUCCAAGUUCUGUUGAACAGGCUCAAGCAGAGCGUUGCUUCAGCAAAGGAAUUCGCCCUGUUCCUGCAAAAGAGGUCUAAGCUGGAAGAAGACCAUUCGGUUGGGCUGCGCAAGAUAUCCAAGAUUACACACGACAACCUCCGACGACCAGAGCACCGUCAAAACUCCUUCAUCGCCUCUUACGAUGAGGUAACCCGGAUACAAGACCGCAUGGCAGAAAACGGAGCGCAGUUUGCGGCCUCACUUCACCAGAUGCACGAGGAUAUGCUUGAGAUGGCAGCAAACAUUGAACGGGGCCGAAAACAUUGGAAGACCACGGGCCUAUCAGCAGAGCAGCGCCUGGUUGACGCCGAGACGGCUAUGCGGAAGGCGAAGGCUAAAUAUGAUACCCUGGCAGAAGAUUAUGAUCGUGCGCGAACUGGAGAUCGCGCAUCGACCAAGAAGUUUGGACUGAAGGGACCCAAAUCUGCUGCCCAGCACGAGGAGGACCUGCUUCGCAAAACCCAAGCUGCUGACACGGAAUAUGCUUCUAAGGUCCAGACUGCUCAGUCCGUCCGCCACGAGCAUCUGACUAAGGGGAGACCGGAGGCCGUGAAGGGCCUUCAGGAUCUGAUUAAUGAGUGCGACUCCGCGUUAGUAUUGCAGAUGCAGAAAUUUGCCGCAUUCAACGAGAAGCUACUCCUCCACAACGGCAUGAGCGUUAGUCCCCUGAAAGACCAAGCGGGCGAGGGUGGGAAGACAACACGCAGUUUGCGCGAGGCUAUCCUGGAUAUUAACAAUGAAGGCGACUUGAACUAUUUCAUCGCAAGUCACUCGUCUCAAGUCCCUCCUCGACCAGCUGAGAUCAAGUACGAGCGUCAUCCCGUCAUGGCACCAUCUGCUCCCCCAGCCGCAGCAGCAGCACGCAGACAAUCCGAAAUCCCCCAAGGUUUCAACAGCUUCGCCUCCCGUCAAGGCACCACUGGCCCCGCCGCCGCCAGCACUCCGACCCAGCAAUCCCCAAUGGGCGCAGGAGGCCCCGGCUUCAACCAAGGUGGCCCACCACCACCCGCCGCCCAGCAGCAGCAACAGCAGCAGCCGCAGCAAUACCAACAACACGAGCGCAGCUUCAGCCAAGGGCGUCCGCAGUCCCGCGAUAACGGACCCCCCGGUCGCAUGGGCAACGGAGGACCCGCCCCCGCACCAGCCUACAGCUCCGCCGGCGGACCACCCCAGCUGCAGACCCUCCCCUUCCAGACACCAGCUCCGCAAACGCAUCCACUCCAGCAAAACACGCCGACGCACCAGCAAGGGCCACCUCAGCACUUGCAACAGCACCAGCAACAACAGUACGGGGCGCCACAACAGCAACAGCGCGGACCAGCAGCGAUGGACCCAAGUAAUCUCCCCCCGCUGAAACCGGUGUUCGGGAUGAACCUGGAGCAGCUGUUCCAGCGCGACGGGUCGCCAAUCCCGAUGGUGGUGUAUCAGUGUAUACAGGCUGUUGAUCUGUUUGGGCUGGAGGUGGAGGGGAUUUAUCGGGUUUCGGGGACGGCGGCGCAUAUUAAUAAGAUUAAGGCGAUUUUUAACAAUGACUCAUCCAAAGUCGACUUCCGCAACCCCGAAGCCUUCUUCCACGACGUCAACUCCGUCGCCGGCCUCCUAAAACAAUUCUUCCGCGACCUCCCCGACCCCCUCCUCACCACCGCCCAAUACGCCUCCUUCAUCUCCGCCGCCCGCCUCGACGACGACAUCGUCCGCCGCGACUCUCUCCACGCCAUCAUCAACGCCCUUCCCGACCCCAACUACGCUACUCUCCGAGCAGUGACGCUGCAUCUUCAUAGAGUUACGGAGGCGGCUAGUGUGAAUAGGAUGACGAGUAGUAAUUUGGCGAUUGUGUGGGGGCCGACGCUGAUGGGGAUGGGUGGGGUGGGGGGAGGGGCGAUACAGGAUGCGGGGUGGCAGGUUAGGGUUGUGCAGACGAUUUUGGAGAAUUGUUAUCAGAUUUUUGAUGAUGAUUGA